GGACGUCAUUCACACAAUCAGCACACCACACGGUCAAGUACAGAGAAUCGUAGUGUUCAAGAAAAACGGAGUACAAGCCAUGGUUGAAUUUGAAAGUGUGGAAUCUGCGACGAGAGCUAAGGAAGCACUUCACGGCUGUGACAUAUAUUCCGGAUGUUGCACACUCAAAAUCGAGUUCGCUAAGCCCGAAAGAUUGAACGUGUUCAAAAAUGACCAAGACAGUUGGGAUUACACACUAUCGGAGGAUGUGCCACCAGUACAGAGAAGUGCUCCCCUGCUGCAGUCCCCACAAUACACCGGUGGAAGGCCACAACCUUACAAUAUGGACUACGGCAGUGGAGGACCUCCUCCUCCGGGCAUGAUGAAGGACAGACACGGGCCGCCACCUCCACAUCAUCCGCGUGAGCGUGGCUAUGGACCGGAAGGCUACGGCGGUGAGGGAUUCGUGCCACCACCGCCCAUGCAUCACCCAUCCAUGCCACCACAGAAUCAGGGCGGGCCACCGCAGCAAGGCGCCGUGAUGAUGGUAUACGGGCUCGACCCUCAGACGGUGAAUGCUGACCGACUGUUCAACCUCUGCUGUCUCUACGGCAACGUUGUAAGAAUAAAAUUUCUGAAAACGAAAGAAGGCACAGCGAUGGUCCAGAUGGGCGACGCAGUGUCUGUGGAGCGAUGUGUUCAGAACCUUAACAACGUCACUGUCGGCGACUACACGUUAACGUUGGCUUUCUCAAAACAAGCGUACCUGUCCGAGGUAAUGAACCCGUACCCACUCCCGGACAAGAGUCCGUCGUUCAAAGAUUACGUCGGAAACAAGAACAAUAGGUUCCUGACCCCUGCCUCUAUACAUAAGAACAGAAUACAGCCGCCUUCUAAGGUGCUGCAUUUCUUCAACACGCCGCCCGAUGUAUCGGACGAGCAACUCCUGCAGGUGUUCAAAGACUACGGCGUCACCCCACCACACACUAUCUCCAAGUUCCCGCUGAAAAGUGAAAGGUCGUCGUCAGGACUGAUGGAGUUCCAGAAUAUCUCGCAGAGUGUGAUGGCGAUAAUGGCCUGCAACCAUGCAACUAUUCAGCAUCCAGGUGCAAAAUUCCCGUUUGUAAUGAAACUCUGCUUUUCGUCGUCGCGACAAAUUGGCCAAGGGAAGGGCCAAAAUCCUAAUAAGAGUCAAAAUCAAAAUCAAGAUCAAAAUAACCAGAGACAAGGUCAAAACAACGGCUUGGCUGAACAUGAAUACUAGUAA